UAUAUAUUGACCUUUGAUCAGGAAGCUAAGUUUGCGGGUCAUCGCACAUGCGUAGUAGAACUGGCGGUUGAGCGCGAAUUUUGACAGAUUUUUGUACGAUCUUUUGAGGAAAGUUCAGCAAAUUCAAAUGUUGGACCUGAUUUUGACCAUACUUGUGAAUUCUGAAGAAUCAGAGUGAGUUGCCCCGCCCAACAUGAGUGUUCGUGUGGACAUGAGUAAGAUGCCGGCACACGUCAGGGACUCCGCUUACUUUGUGUCCAAAGACAACAGCUCGGGCGGGAAAGGAAGAAAAAGGUCGACAGAAAACACAGGGAUUGUUCCACUGAGUUUUCCUGCAACAAGAGCAGUAUUGUGGAGCCGAACUCCAACAGGAACUCCCUCCACUCUGCAUCUGACUCACUACAGGAACUGCCAUGUAUUAGUGCUAGAGAAGACCCUGCGACUGGCCCAGAGACACGCCCUGCAGGCAGAGGACACGCCCUUCUCAUGUUUCCUCAUCGGCUGUGCUGUGGUCGACUCAGAUGAGGAGGGAGUGACUGUGACGUUAGACAGGUUUGAUCCAGGCAGGAGUGUACCAGGCAGGGCAGACAGGAUACCUACAGCCUCUCUACUGGGGGACCAUGUGGUGCACACUUCCAUCACGGUGAGUACAGCCUCUCUACUGGGGGACCACAUCGUGCACACUUCCAUCACGCUGACUAAAAGGGCUCCAGGCUCAGAAGCUUCAGUCACCAGCACAAAGGAAGUCUUCACCAGUACAUUAAAGUCCCUGCACCACCACUGCUGUACUAAGGACCCUGUGGACGUCUCCAACUCCCUGGCUCUUCAGGCUCACAUCUACGUACAGGACGAGGGGGAGGCCAUGACCUUUGACAUCCACCUGUCGGCCGUCUCCAUGGCAACAGGUUUCGAGGCCACCCCCGUCACCCCCGUGCCCAUCAUCCCGACGGCGCUGGCUCGUAACCUGGCCGGGCCGCUCAACCUCAGCGAGGUGCAGGGGGCGCCAAAGUCGGGGUUCCUGACCAUGGACCAGACCAGGAAGCUGCUCCUCCUCCUGGAGUCUGACCCUAAGAUAUACAGCCUCCCAUUGGUCGGCAUCUGGGUUUGUGGUCCAGUCCACAUCCACAGUCCGCAUAUCUGGGCCUGCUGUCUCCGAUACAUGUACAACACCAACAUACAGGACAGAGUGUACACCCCCAUGCAGGGGUUCCUGGUCGUGCUGUACUCCCCCACUCACUCCCAGCCUGAGUUCUACGACUGCAGGACCAAAGACGGGGUCAUGAACUUUCAACUCCACAACUGCUUCGAAACACUUCAUGUUUUGAAGGAUGCAGAGACUAUGGACAAGCGUCCGUUGCACCUGGAGUUGGUGCCUGCCGAGGACGGGCAGAAUUUUGCUCUCUUCCAGCAGGCACUGAAGGAUAUGGACCCCAUAGAGUGUCCGACUGCCAUGUCGCCUGACUCUGCCAUGAAAAGGAUGUUCCCUGGGGAGAAUAGUAACCAUGGCAACAAUCACCAUGACAGUCCAGUGCCACGCCCCUCUCCAUCACCUCACCCCCUGUCAGGAAAGUCCCCCGUGGUGCAGCCUUUGGUGCCCGAGCUGUCUAUGGUCUUUGACAGCUUCUGUGAAAUCCUCCCGCAGAACGUUAACAAGCUCAAUGACUCCCUCCUGGACAAAGAGAACCAAAACGUGAAUCACGGCGGCAAGCACGUCCACUUCGCUCCCUCCAACACGGCACCACCGAAGGGUGCACAGUCCCCCCACACACAUGCAUCUCCACAGGGGAGACAGCCGCUCAGGAACUACAACUACCAAACACCACCUCAAGGUAGCAACCAAACAGGACAGAAACAGCACAGUGGUGGGAAGCACACAGAGUCAAGCCAGUCUGCAAACUCUAAACAGGACCGUAGUAAACAGUCUCAUGGCCACCACUCCUCUAACAUUCACGCAACAGACACUCACGACCAACGCAAGGGUGUGACACCUCAUCCACAUGGUCUGCCUGUGGGGCAAAACUUCCCCCAGCAAAGGCACCCAGGACCAGCUAACCCAAGCAGGGGAUAUACACCACACUGUCACCCAUCUGCAGCAAACCCACAUGUCCAGCAGCAGCAGCAGAGGUUUGCGCCCCAGCCUGACAGUUACAGACAUCCUCCACCAUUGCCUGCAGGCCCCAGGCAGCAGUUUCACUCUGCAGGGCCUGGAUAUAUCCAGCCAUACGGCCAUCCAGUGGGGUCUACUCAGGGAUGGAGUGGUGGACAGUACGGUCUAAGGCCUCAGAGUGGUCAAAUGCCACAGAAUGGUCAAAUGCGACCAAAUGGUCAAAUGCCACCAAACGGUCAAAUGCGACCAAGUGGUCAAAUGCAACUAAAUGGUCAAAUGCGACCAAAUGGUCAAAUGCAACCAAAUAGUCAAAUGCCUCAGAAUGGUCAAAUACCUCGGGUUGGUCCUCCAAGACAAGGCAUGGUCCCAAGACACAGACCAGCUCCACAGCCUUACAGCAUGCCCCCUCCUCCUCACCCCCAGGUGCAGCAGCCACAUAACCAGGACCCACGCUGGCAGCCUCCUCCACCAGUCUAUCCACCCCAGCAAGCAUCGCAGCCACCAAACCAUCAAACCAACACCUAUCGACCAGCAACACAACCAUAUGGUCAACAAACACUUCAAGAAACACAUCCAUCUCACACAGGAAUCUUAAAGAAUCAUCAACAGCCUCCUGUAAAAUCCCAGAGGUCAAAGAAAAGGCAUCCUUCUCAUGGAACACCUCAAGAAGGUCAUCACCAUGGUAACACUGGUCAUCACCCUGGUAACAGGCAUCCUCCACAAGCUGUCCACUUCACACCUAGCCCUCAUCAGAUGAAAGGUUCUCAUUCAGCAGCCAAUCAGCAGCAAGAUAGUGAUGAUGAGGCUCUGUCACCAGCCAAUCAGAGUGAAGGAUACCACAGUGAACUGGAGCAGUCAGAUGUAGCAGCCAAUCAGGAGGAGAGUUGUGGGCAUGCCCAGUCCGGGAUGAGUCCACAUGCUUACAAACUGCUGAUGCAGCAAGAUGCUCAACUCAAGAUGCUUAUGGCUCAGAUCCAGCGUCUUCUUGGAGCUCAGCCUAAUAGUGGUGGCACUGAGCAGCAGGGAACAACUCCAUCAUCCAUCCCUCCAGCUGUCAAUCAUCAAGCUCUGUCCACUGAUCCUAGUCCUUCAACCAAUCAUCAGCCUCAGGGAACACAAAUCAAUGAUGAGAACAACUCUGAUGAAGGGCUUGAAAAUACAGCCACCAGUGUUGCUGAUUUCCCCGAAGUCUCGCCUACUGGAAAAAGGACAGCAUCUAUUGCGAUUAACACUGGUACAAGUCUGUACUGGGGCGAUACAGGUUCAGAGGUCAUAUCCCAUGAGGAAGCCAAUCAAAAACCAGUACAGGUGUCAUGUGACACACCGGACAGUCUCCAUGAAACAGCUGCUGAUGCAACAUUGCCCAAAUCAUCUGAUCAUGAGGGAAUCAAAGAAAGGAGUGGAUACCUAUCACAUGAUCACAUGGGAACCAAUGAGAGGAGUGCAUUCACAUCACAUGACCAAGAGCAAACCAAUCAGGAAGGCUCCUUUGGUAUGAACCUGAGCCAGUUGCCUGUGGAACAAGAAGCGGGUCCUCACAGCAGUAUGGUCUCCUCUCUUCAUGCUGUGGACAUUGAGAGUUAUGCAGGCAGCACUCCUUCAAGAUCCCCCCUUGACAGUGAAGCGAACCAUCAGACCAGUAUGAGUCAGAUGUUCCAGAGCCCAGUGCUGGGGGAGAGUGCCAGUAUGUGUGUGCAGCAGCAACAGACGGAAGAUGGAGAGGAAGAGGAGGAGAGAUUGAACAACCCUACAUCUUUCAGGGAUGAAGAGCACUUCUACCAGCAGAUACUGGGCCAGGUGAACCAGCUGCUCCACAGCAGCUCCCCAGAUGGAGGCCCACAGAAGGAACCUCGUCUGUCUCUCCCUGCACACCCCUCAGCUUCUCCUGCUCCCAAACCAAGGAGACUGUCUGAGAGUGCUCUGUGGGAAAAAGAACACCAGCGGGUUGUCAAGGCAACCAGGAAACAGCUGAAGCGGAUGGGUGCAGUCGUGGAGGAGGAACAACAACACUCCAGAAAACACAUGGACCAUCACAGGCCUUCAGCGGCCCACCCCAGUGCAGACUUCAUCCCCAAGAUAAACUACAUCUCGCUCUCGGAGAUGGCUCUGGAAGGUACCGGCACCGAUCUCAGCUUUGAGGCCAACGCUAUCGCCAUGAAGUACCUGUCUGAUGACCAGUUAGCCAACCUGCCACUCACCCCUGCUCACCAUGGCAACCAGGCUCCCUCACCAAUCAGAUCCAUGUCUGCCAACCAAUCGCUGUUGAGGGGCAUGUUUAGGGGGAGGGGCAUGAGAGGGAGGACAAACUUUGAAGUGACACCAGUGAACAUGUCGAUGGCCACUUGGAAAUACAUGAGACGGUAUGGGCUGAUUGAGGAAGAGGAUGAGGAAACCAGUCAGGUGUUCAGCCCUCCAAAGGAAAUCACCUCCAGGAGAUCCUACUCCAGCUCUGAGAGUGACUUAGACGAGGAACAGCACUCCUCAAGAGAUUCCCAAGGAGGUAGGAGAGAAUCAGAGGAGGCGUCUCAAGGAAGAGCGAUAAACGAUUCCAAGGAGUGCAGCUGUUGUUCGGGAUCCAGCCACGGCUCAAGCAGCAGGAGUGGACGGCAGAGGGACAACAUGGCGCAGGGAGAAGAUCCGAUCGUCGUCUUUCCCGAGAAGUGGAAGGGAAGACCCAGAAGGCAGUCUUCUUCUCCACAGUUUGAAGAUGACGAGGGCUCGAGAGUGUCCAGAGGUUCAUCAGAAACGUCAGGACACAGAGAGGGUACAGACCGUGAGACGAGGGGAAGAGGUGCGAGGGAGGGAAGUGGAGAAACAAGAAACAUUCUUGAUCUUGGAAAGUUGAGGCAAAUGCCAAAACUCCUGUAAUUCAUUCUUAUAUUGUU